AUGGAAACUUUUCACGAUCCACUACUGCUCAAGAAAACCACAUCAUCACCGUUGUAUCGUGGUGGCAGCCUGAAAUCACCACCGUUAAGCGGCGGUGGUCGCCUGUCGAAUGGCGGCGUUGCGCCCGUACGACGACUAUGGUCGACGCGCGACACCGACGCGUCCGUGGCCGGAUCGUUCAGCGUCGAUUCACGGAUGGAGAUCCGACCGAAGAAGGUCAAGAAGCUACCGUCGAAGGAUAUUGCGCAGGUGGUGCUCUCUAUUCGAAUAAACUUUAUUUUUAGCAUGGAAUUUUGUAAAUUUUGGGGAAAUGUGGGUUUGAUUCACUCAGGCAUAGUGGCCAAAGACUUUCCUGUGUUUUGGAUAAUUUCCUGA